AUGACCCCGAGGGGGUUUUCAGAGCUUCAGCCGGACAACCUAGGUGCAUACGGCAUUCAGAACGAGACCGAUGCCACUCGAUUGCGCGAUGCGGUUGAAUAUGUAAAGGGCAUUUUAAAUUCACCAUCCCCUUCCUCGGUUAGUGAAGUGUUGGACGGCGUCGAGGAAUGCGAUACAACGGAGGGUAAGGAAAAUGUGCAUGAGCGAAACCGUCGAUACACAGCGCGAGGCACGACCGUGCUCACUAGAACGCCGGACAACCGUGAGGUUAAACGGAAAAGCCGCAUUGUAGUUGCGAUCCGAAAGCGACCGCUGAAUGCUGGAGAGGCGACCAGUGGGCUUGAGGAUGUUAUGGAGUCGAAUAACGCGAACGAGAUCAUACUGAAGGAGCCCAAGGUGAAGGUUGAUCUGCGCAAAUACACCCACAUUCAUCGUUUUUAUUUUGACGAGGUCUUCGAUGAGACGUGCACGAAUGAGAACGUGUAUCAGCGCACUGCUCGCGCCCUUAUUGAUACAGUUGUGGAUGGUGGCCUGGCCACAUGUUUCGCUUACGGCCAGACGGGCAGCGGCAAGACUCACACGAUGCUUGGUAAGGGUGAGGAGCCGGGAUUGUACGCCUUGGCGGCACACGAUCUCUAUGAGCGUCUCGGCGCGGGGGGUGACCUUGUUGUGUCUUUCUACGAAAUUUAUGGGGGUAGACUAUAUGAUCUGCUCAACCGGCGUCGGUUGUUGAGAUGCCUUGAGGAUGACAAGGGUAAGGUUAACGUUCGAGAUUUGACGGAGCACAUUUCGGGAAGCGUAGAUGACCUGAUGCAUAUUAUAGAGCAGGGAAGCCGUAUUAGAAGCUCUGGGUGCACUGGUGCUAACGACACGAGCUCCAGAUCGCACGCGAUACUCGAGCUAAAGCUGAGAAUCCAUGACGCGAACGGUCCCAAAUGCUCCGGUGGCAAGUUCACGUUUAUCGAUCUGGCCGGAAGCGAGCGUGGUGCCGACACCGUCGAUUGUGCGCGGCAAAUUCGGAUGGAGGGGGCUGAAAUCAACAAGAGCCUUCUCGCCCUGAAGGAAUGCAUCCGAUUUUUAGACCAAAACAAGAAACAUGUGCCUUUCCGUGGGUCGAAGUUAACCGAGGUCUUGCGCGAUUCGUUCGUCGGUAACUGUCGAACCGUUAUGAUUGGCACCGUUUCACCCGCAAACAACAACUGCGAACACACUCUGAAUACCCUACGUUACGCGGAUCGUGUAAAGGAGCUUAAGAGAAGCGCUUCAAACAAACCAACCUUAGAGGACAACGAACAGAAGCAGAUUUUUAGUGUGGAUAAGUCAGCUUUGCUGAGAGCCAACCGACACGGUACUACGAUUCAAGGGGCUGAUAACCGUUUUCCGCCCGCAGUGCCACCUCCCGCGAGCGGUCGCAGCAGCGUUCUGUGCAGUCGUGCCCCCACAGCGCUUAACUCAAUGGCAUCUGAGGGACCCCCAACGCCGAAGAGUGGACGGCGAAGUGGCCAACUCUCCCGGCUGCCACCACCACCGCCUCCGGCUUCGGUGCUGCACGUACCGAUUAAGCGUGGCCGCGAGGAGGUCGGAUCGUUGGCGCCUUGUUCUCCAAGCGAAGCCGGCUUCAAACAUGGAGGAUCUCGCCAAGAGUGUGACGCCGACGGCGGCGGCGGCGGCAAUGGAUUGUCCUCUGACAACCUCUUUCUGACGCCGACACAUACCGCGCUGCGGCACAACACUAUCGAAGCAUACAAGCACUAUUUGGGUGUAGACAUGUACUGCAUUCGUGAGGAGCACCAGAUCAAGUUCAAUGCUGAGCAGGACCGAGUGAGUGACGAAGAAUUUAUUCAAAAGGCUCGUGAACUGGUCGAUGCAAAGUGUAGAGCAAUGAGCAGUUUCCUUUCUUUUCUUGAAGCACUUGAAAGGUCGUCAAAGUAA